UUGUACCGGUAGGGACAGCUGCAGAGAAAUAAUUCAAGCGGCAAAUCAUAAAUCUGACCACUCUACAUUGGAACUGCUGUUGGCGAAAACCAAACUAGAUGACCUUAUCUUUUUACGCUUCUUUAAAUAGGACGCAUGUUGAGUAAGAAUUCAUAAUCUUUUUUCUGCUAGCCAUGAGUUCUUAUUGUUCUCCUGAUGUAUGGGCGUGGAUCCAAAGCCUUCCACCAAUUACUCAGUGGAAAACAAACUCCAUGUCCAUUUGUAUCUUUUCCUCAAAAUCAACUCAAGCAUCACUAGAUCUCACAGUAAGCAAAGUCGAUCAAAACUACCACACGUCUAUCUCUUUCUCCAUUGUUGCAGAUUUGCACAUCCCCAUCCCUCUUUGGACCUCCAAAUCUUUCAAACCUAGUCUACAAGCUUCAAAGUUGUUAGAUAAUGGAACAAGUUGCAUUCUGUUCUGUAAUCUCGUUAAGAACAUACUUAACUAUGGUCCUACCAAGAAUAUUUCAUUUCUUUACAUCCCUUCCUUGGACACAAUUGGCAACUUCAAGGAAAUCUUCAACCUUUCAUUCUUUACUCUUACUCUUCUCAUUUGUAUCUAUGAAGUCCCCAAAGAUCUGAGAUUGGAAUGUCUAGAAACCAUUAAGAAUCAUUUGGUUGGUUCAUAUUCCAGAGAUACUACAAAGACACUCAUGCGGUUACUAGGAUCAAAUAUUGAAGAACAAUGGAUGAGGUCAUUAAACCUGGCAAUCACUAAUUUUAUUGCAGAAAUGGAUGAACAGAACCACAUUCUAAGGACACCACUGCCGUUCUCAUAUGCAAUCUCAACAGUUGGACUAUGGAAAGUUCAAUUAUAUUGCCCAAUAAUAGCCAUGGAACUUGACACUUCAAGCCAUUUGCCUGCAAAUGAACGUUUGCAGUUCUCACUAAGACACCAGCAACUGGAGGGCGUGAUCCAAUUCAGUUACCGGGUAGUAGUUCAGGAGAAGUGGGUUAACGUGAUCGCUAAUGUAGAUAACAUAAGGUGUGACGUAAUCCGGCUAGUGUCUGAAACUCUCAUGAGAAAGCAAGGAGCUGGAUCAGCAGAGAAACACUUCCCUUCACGUAUAUCAUUGGAACUUACUCCAACUUUACAAACGAAUGUGUUAUCCGUGUCGGUGAGCAAAUCUUCAGAGAAUCCUACUCUAGAAAUUGGCUUAGAAAAGACAGUAGAAGGUUCAUUUGAAACACCCAAUAUUCUAGGGCUCAGAGCUGCAAUGUCAGAAACCAUGACAAUGAGCUUAAAGCCGUGGAAGUUUGAGCAAUCUAUCUAUGGAUACAGCGCAAACUUGAAUUGGUAUCUUCACGAUAGUGUAAAUGGGCGAGAGGUUUUCUCCUCAAAGCCUUCUAAGAUUGCUUUAUCAAAACCGAAGGCAUGGUUUAAAAAUCGGUACUCGAGCGCGUACCGACCAUUCACCAAGCAGGGAGGAGUAGUUUUUGCAGGAGAUGAGUAUGGAGAUAGUGUAUUAUGGAAGAUUGAUAAAGGUGCACUAGGGAAGACUAUGGAGUGGGAGAUAAAAGGAAGGAUUUGGCUAACAUACUGGCCAAAUAAGCACAGAUCAUUCUACACUGAGACUAGAGCAUUGGUGUUCAGAGAAAUUGUGCAUCUUUCCCUUAUUUAACUACCCUCUCGAAGUUAUUGGGACUUUAUAUAUGUUUCAGUGUGCAGAAAAUAAAAUGAUGUGUGACUCUUUGCUUAUUUAUACCAAAUUCAUGUUCUUCGAAAUAUUGUGCCAUGUGAGCUGGGUUGCGCCGAUACCUGAGGAUUAUGUUGGUACCCGAAUCGGAUACGAUACCCUCGGAUACUUCCCAAAUCCUAAAGGUUUUUUCUUCAAUUUUUUUAAAGUUCUCUCUUGCUUUCACGUGCUUUGUACAUGUGAAGUGGAGAAACACUUAAAAAGAAAAUGAAGGAGUUUAUUCUCAUCAUAAAGAGGGUUGAGAGAGGAAGUUCGAAGUUUGCUAGCAAUGUGAGACUGAAAUGUUGUGAAAUAUAGGUGUACAAUGAGGGUUUGUGGGAUUAAAUUGAA